AUGGAGAGCUGCCGCUGGGUUCUGCUGCUGUGCGCGCUCGGCUUGGCGCUGGCCUCCGGGGAGGCGACGAAAGAUGAUGAUGACAUCGACCUGGUCCGCUUCCUGAGAAGUGUCUUCCCCGGGCUGCUGGUGAGAGACGAGCUGCUCAUUGUCAACAAAGGCAGCAAAAUAAACUCCUUGGAGGAGCUGGGGCGCCGCGUGGUCACGGGGCGACGCAAGGUCAAGCCAGCCAAUCAGGAAACGGCCCCGGGACCGGUGGUGGUGACCAAAGACGGACAGAUCAAAGGGAUUACGGUGGACAGGGCCCAUGUAUUCUAUGGGAUACCGUAUGCAGAUCCCCCCGUCGGGGCGUACCGCUGGAAGGCCCCCAGACCUGUGAGUCCUCGGCCGGGGGUUUAUGAUGCCUCCUCCCCCAGGGCGUCAUGCAUGCAGGCCUGCAGCGGACCUAUCACGGAGGAGUGUCCUCGGAUAGUCAGCGAGGACUGUCUCUACCUCAACAUCUUCGUCCCUCUGGAUGUGGACUUCAGCUCCCCGCUGGGGGCCCCGCUGCCCGUCAUGGUGUGGAUCCACGGUGGGGAUUUCAUCGCUGGCUCGGCCUCCAAGCCGCUGUACGACGGACGCUUCAUCAGUAACUCCACCAGCACCGUUGUUGUGAGCCUGGAGUACCGGCUGGGGGCUUUUGGGUUCCUCGUGUCGGGCAAAGACCCCCACUCCUCAGCUGCAGGGAAUUAUGGGAUCUUGGAUCAGCAGGCAGCUCUUCUUUGGGUCCAGCGGAACAUUGCAGUGUUUGGUGGUGAUCCCAGCAAGGUGACAAUAUUUGGGGAGAGUGCAGGUGCUCAGUCCGUGAGUCUUCACCUGAUGAUCCAGAGCAGCAAGCCCCUGUUCAGGCAGGCCGUCCUGCAGAGUCUGCCCUUCUCCAUCCCCCUGAAGAGCAGACACGACGCCCUGAAGCUGGGGAAAGAGUUCGCCAAACAGACCAACUGCUCCGUGAGCGACAUCGUCUGCCUGCUGUCUCUCGCCCCGCAGGUCGUCCUGGCCGCCCAGAUGAAAACAAGUUCAAAGGUUGUGAACCCGUUCAGGUUCCUUGAGGUCUUUGAGACGUGGGGUCCGUUUAUCGACGGGGAGUUGAUAAAAGAGCAAGCAGUCACUGCCUUCCAGAAGGGCCACUGGCAGAAAGAGAAGCCAGUGCUGCUGGGUACGACCUCAGAGGAGGGGGUGAUCUUUGCGUACGGCGUCUUCAACAAGCCGGUGUCCGCCUUGGAGAGCACUGUGUACGUCACGGGCAUCUUUAAACAACACGCACUGCGCGUCCUGCAGAAGUACCUGCCCCUGUACAGGGACGCAGACCGCAGGGAUAUGCUCGCUCAGAUUAUCACCGACUACGUCUUCCUUUGUCCAUCCAGGAGGUCGGCACGCGCCGGCACCGCAGCGGGCAGCGAGGUGUGGAUGUACGUGUUCGACCACGUGGCGUCCGACUCUCGCGUGUGGUCAGGUCUGACUUUCUGCUACCAUCACGCCUGCCAUGGCGCCGAGCUACCCUUUCUCUUUGGCUCUGCUCCGGUGGCCAACUUCACCAUGUCGGUACCAGAGAAGCUGCUGUCCAAUCGGAUGCUGUGCUACUGGGGCGCCUUCGCGCACACCGGUGACCCUUCCUCGCGGGCCCGACAGGCCACUUUCUGCCGCCAGCAGCGUCUGCCCGCUUGGCCACGCUAUUCCGACACCAGCAGCUGGCUGGUCAUGAACCUGACGGUGCGUUCACAUGCACAAGUGGGAACCAGGGACCACAUAUGUGACUUCUGGGACCAUCUGGGCAUCUACUAG